AUAAACGCGCUACAUCCGGUUUACAUUGAUGGCUCUUACAGCCUAUGUAGUGCACAUAAAUAGCAAAUAUUGAGCCAUUUCGGAUUGAGCCGACGUGUUCGCGCGCAUGAGAAAUGCUUCGUCUGCCUUUAGGGAUGAUGUCGCGUUUGGCGUUGGUCACCUCUAGAAUUAUGCGACCAGAUGAUGCCAACAUCGUGGGUAACGUCCAUGGUGGGACGAUCCUGAAGAUGAUUGAGGAAGCUGGGUGCAUAAUAGGAACUCGCCACUGUAAUACUCAAACUGGGGACCGCUGCGCUGCUGCCCUGGCACGAGUGGAGCGCACCGAUUUCCUGUACCCCAUGUUCAUUGGCGAGGUGGCCCAUGUGAGCGCAGAAAUCACCUACACCUCCAAACACUCUGUGGAGGUGCAGGUCAACGUGGUGUCUGAAAACAUACUAACAGGUGCCAAGAAGUUAACCAACAAGGCAACACUGUGGUAUGUCCCCGUAUCGCUUCAAAAUGUGGACAAAAUCAUAGAAGUCCCCCCCAUUGAGUACUCCAGUCCUGACCAGGUGGAGCUGGGUAAGAAGAGGUAUGAAGCUCAGAAGCUUGAACGAAUUGAAACAAAAGAAAGGAAUGGCGAGAUCAUUACACCAGUUUCUCUUCCUGAAAGGCAGACAAAAGAACCAUAUACCAUCGGAUUCAGCCAGUCGAGUCUCAUCCACCUGAUUGGUCCUUCAGAUUGCACUCUGCAUGGCUUUGUACAGGGCGGUGUCACCAUGAAGCUAAUGGACGAGGUGGCAGGAAUCGUGGCCGCUCGUCACUGCAAGACCAACAUUGUGACCGCAUCCGUGGACGCCAUCAAUUUUCACCGCAAGAUUAAGAAAGGUUGUGUGAUCACAGUAUCCGGGAGAAUGACUUUUACUAGUAACAAGUCAAUGGAGAUCGAGGUGUUUGUGGAUGCUGAUCAGUUGGCGGACACGGAGGAGGGGAAAUAUCGGGCUGUCACUGCCUUCUUCACCUACAUUUCCCUGGACAAACAAAACAAGCCACUGCCUGUGCCUCCCCUGAAGUUGGAAGGUGAAGUGGAGCAGAAGCGUUUUGAAGAAGGAAAACUUCGGUACCUUCAAAACAAGGCGAAGAGAGUGGCGGAGAAGGAACAGAAACAAUGAUGCCCCUCAGUACCUGAGCAUAAUAUGAUAGUGUAGCAGAAUAUUCCAGUAGAACAUUGUCCAAAGUCUCAGUC